AUUUAAGUCUAUUAUCAUUAUCUAUCUACGAAAUAUAUUCAAAUAGUAAUAAUACACUAUAAGCAAAUACGAAUUUUUUCGGCUAUUGAUGCACGUACUAGAAAGUAGUAUUUCCCUUACUAUUUUUUUAUCUAGUAGAACUAGUUUUGAUUUUUAUUAGGUCUUUCUUAAUAUACACAUAGAUAAAUAAUUUAAUUGGCUUAGGAAUCUAGCUGAGAAUGAUCUAACUAAAGAAUCGGCACACUUCUGAUCAAUUUCGAUUUCACGGAUUCGAUCUUCCGGUUUUGUGAUGAAGAAUUGUUACGUAGGAAUUUAAUAACAUAUUCCUGUCGUAUAUAAUAUAUCAAACGUCGUAGUUCAUAUGUGGCCUAAUCAUAAGCAGACAUAAGCAGACCGAGUUCUUUCUGAAAAGUCAGUAUUGUAAGAGCUUCCAUACAGUUCGGAGUAAUCUAAUUCCUUAUCCAGAACAGGUCGUGUAUGUGUAGGCUGUUUAUUUAUAAUAAGUGAUCGAGAAGGCGAAAAGAUAAAAUGUCAGCCAUACAAUUCCAUGCAGUAAAUGGAUUUAUACGAGACGAUAAGGAAAUGAAUCAAUCGAUCAGAUAUGCAACGGCUAGUGAGACUGGACUUGAUGGGCCUGAUCAGGUAUUGGCUACGGACGUGGAUACUACAUGUGAAGCUAAUGGUAAAGUUCGAAUAAAAUUAGACAAGAACGAAUGCAAUUCAAGCAUACCUGUAUCAAUUCCUGGAGCUUUCACUAAAACAGCAAAUCUCUAUCCUGAUCAUAUUGCAUUGGUUUCUUGUCCUGGUGUCGAUGGCAAGAGGACUAUGUAUACUUACCGAGAAUACGAACAGACUGUAAGAACUGUCGCUAAAGCGUUUUUGGAACUUGGUUUGGAGCGACAUCAUAGUGUAUGUUUAUUAGGAUUUAAUAGUCCGGAAUGGUUUAUCGCCGAUCUCGCAGCUAUAUAUGCCGGCGGACUUGCUACAGGAAUUUAUACCACAAAUUCUCCGGAGGCAUGCCAAUAUUGCGCUGAACAUAGUAAGGCAAAUAUAAUAGUCGUUGAAGACAGGAAACAAUUGGAGAAAAUCUUACAAAUAAAAAAGAAUCUGCCUAACUUGAAAGCGAUCAUUCAAUACAGCGGCAUACCUACCGAAAAAGAUGUUUUAAGCUGGAAGGAUUUAUUGGAGAUAGGUAAAAAAGUAUCGGACAGUAAAUUACUGUCUGUGUUAAAGACGAUUGGAGCAAAUGAGUGUUGUACUUUAGUUUACACGUCAGGAACGAUUGGAAAGCCAAAAGCUGUGAUGUUGAGUCAUGAUAAUCUCUUGUAUGAUGCACGAUUGUUGUUUAUCAAACUACAGAUACAGGAAAAGUCGGAGACUUUAGUUAGUUAUUUGCCAUUAUCUCAUAUUGCAGCACAGAUAUGUGACAUUAUAGGAAAUGUACUUGCAGCAACUACGGUAUACUUUGCGGAUAAAAACGCGCUUAGAGGUUCGUUAGUAGAAACGUUGCUUGUGGCGCAACCAACUGCUAUGUUAGCGGUGCCGAGAGUAUGGGAAAAGAUAUACGAGAAAAUGCAAGAAAAGGCGCGCAGUAACGGUGCAAUAAAGACCUGGAUUGCUAAAUGGGCAAAAGCGCAAGGGCUUUAUUACUACACGAAUAAGAUGAAUGGCGUGGAUUAUAAAAACUGGAGCUAUGUUUUUGCAAAAUGGCUUGUUUUUGACAAAAUAAAGGCAGCAUUGGGUCUACAAAAAUGCCGAAUAUUUGUUACCGCAGCAGCACCUUUAAAUAUAGAUAUUAAAAAAUAUUUUCUGAGUUUAGACAUACCCAUAAUAGAGGCAUACGGAAUGUCUGAAUGUAGUGGCGGUCAUACCGUAGGAAAUCAUAAAGAAUAUAGAACAUACGGCGUUGGAAUUCCUUUACCUGGAGUAUAUACAAAAUUGGACAAUAUAGAUGAAAAUGGUGAAGGGGAAGUCUGCAUGGGCGGACGACACGUAUUUAUGGGUUAUUUAAAUGCACCAGAGAAAACUGAAGAAGCUAAAGAUAAAAAUGGCUGGUUACAUAGUGGUGAUCUUGGCAAAAUAGAUUCAAACGGAAUUCUAUCCAUUACCGGUAGAAUAAAAGAACUUAUAAUCACAAGCGGAGGAGAAAAUGUAGCGCCAUUAAAUAUAGAGAAUGCAAUACUGUCAGAAUUACCAGCGUUAAGUAAUGCUAUGUUAAUUGGAGAUAAAAGAAAAUAUUUGACUGUUCUUGUCACACUCAAGAGCAAUAUGGAUAGUGAAACUGGUGAACCUUUAGAUACAUUGAAUCCCGACGUAUUAAAAUGGGCAAAGUCUAUUGGUAGUGAUGCUAAGACAGUGACAGAUGUCAUAAGUUCUCGUGAUCCGCUUAUAUAUGAGGAAAUCGACAAAGCAAUCAAAAGAGCAAACGCGUAUGCUAUAAGUAAUGCUCAAAAAGUACAAAAAUUCGAGAUUCUUCCGCAUGACUUUUCAAUUCCAACUGGUGAAUUAGGGCCCACAUUAAAGCUUAGAAGAAAUAUAGUUAUAAAUAUGUAUGCUGAUUUAAUAGAGAAAAUGUAUCAAUAAAAUCCGCUGUACUCUGACAUUAAUAUCAUAAUAUUUUUUAUAAUAAGAAUGAAUAAUAUGAACGGAUAAAGGAAUUAUAAGCGCCAAUAAAUCGCAAAAUAUAUAGUGAUAUAUUUUAUACAAAUACUUUGAUAUAUAUAUAUAUAUAUAUAUAUAUAUAUAUAUAUAUAUAUAUAUAUAAAAUAUAUUUUAUAUAAAUAAUAAUUUUUUAAAUACAGGUGAUUAAAACAAAUUUUGGAAAAAAUAAUUGAGUUAAUUUAAGUUUUUGUUAUAUUUAUAUAUGUAUAGAUGUGCUUAAUAUAGGUAGGAUUAUAUACGUAUAUAUUUUAGAGUUACUGUUAGACUAUUUAUAAGACAAUAAUAGAAUAUAUAUUAAUAAAUACAUACUAAUCAAUCACAUGUUUAUAUUAUAUUAUAUUAUUUACAUUAUAUGUAACUUAUAUAUUCCAUAAUCAUAAAUAUUUUUCGAUUAUUAAUGCGAUUAUAUAUAUUUCUUUUAAAUAAAAUUAUUUUUUAACACAA